AAUUUAGUUUAAUAAAGAACAGAUUAUGCGAUUAUCCCGCAUCAUCGAGUUGCAUACUUUAGAAGGUGCUUUAUGGAUAGAGCUUUAUGACGACAUUGCAACGGAGCUUUCUGAUUCUUUCUCCAGGCUUGCCAUGAGUGGCCAACUCUGUGGACCGAUCUUUACAAAACUUAUUCCUGGUUUUAUAUUGAUGGGCAGCGCGUUGGGUAUUCAAGGCGGCUCUGUGUUGGGCCAAUUAGCGUUGCAUCCUCCAGUUUUCCCUGAAAAGCCUGACCUGCAUCAUGUGGGCGCUGGGUUGUUAACGUCCAGAGUGAUCCCUGGCGAGAUACCUGCCGCAACUUUCGCCAUAACUCUUUCACCACAGCCUAAACUUGAUUCUCAGUACACCGUAUUUGGUCGUGUGUACUCGGGGAUGUCUAUCAUUGAAAAGGUAAGUAAAAUGCAAGUCAAUGAAAACUUUGAAUUGUACACGCCGCUAAUUGUGCAGAGGUGUGAUAUAUUGUCGCUUACAAUCAGGAAAAGGCCGUCAAAUAGAAACGAUAAUUCUGAAGACUCUGAUGCUUAUAGUGCGGUAAAGGUGGUUCAUGUUGCAAAAUCCAGCCUCCUUAAGACUUUUUUUGAUGAUUAAAUCGUCAUUAAAGUGUCACUCUACUCUUAUUAAUCUCUACCAUUGAAGUCUCAUCUUAU